AUGGCCGAGACAACGCCUCAGAAACGGGUCCUUCCAGCCCGCGACAGACGAGAUCCUGCAUCGAAGCGAAAAGCAUCCUCACCGGCGCAUCCUGCUACACCUGCGUCCGCUUCCACUCCUGCUGUCCGUAGGCAAGCCUCCGCUGUCUCCUCAGAGCCUCGCCAGAAGCGUCCAUACAAGAAACGGGCUAGUCUUGUCCGAGUUCAAACUCCUGUCUCGGCCUCGCGUUCUUCGCCGUCGAUUUCUGUGGGCGAAGAUGUCUUGCCGACGCGUCUUGUCGCCAACCAGCCGCUACCUACGACCAAACAGAAACAACCGUCGGACCUGCCCGUGCGUGAAUACCAGUCAAUAGCGGAGAGCGCAGUCCUUGCUGCGUCUCUCCACCGCUCUCGUAUGCAGUGGCUAUACCAUGGCAUCUUUGAAAAGUACUGGGUCAAGCCCGUAAAGAGAAAAGGCAUUAUCGAAGCUCCUCCCAACAACCCCGAUGCCAAAUCGAUGCAAAGGCUUGGUGCCGCCACUAUGACAAUCGAACCUCAUACCUUUGAUGUGAUUUUCUACACGGUUCGUGAUCAAACAGCGCCUCCACAGUACCAACGCCAUCCAAAUCAACACACCAUAAAGAACGUGGCUGCUCAGCCGCCGCCGCCGCCGCCGACCUCAUAUGCCACUCAUCCCCCUGUCAGUCCAUACCAUCAUGCUCAACCGAUGCACCCACCACCGUCUGUAUCACCAUCACCUGCGACACCAGCUGCACCCCAGACUUCCCACCCUCCUGCACCAAUUAAAGAUGCCCCGCCCUCAGCAGCUCCGUCUCCCUCGCAGGGCGGACCUCCUCAGAUCCAGAUCAAACACGAAAAUGAUUCAGAGCCCAGUCUCGCCGCGCUUGCCUCGAAAAAUCCCCCUGUCGUAUCCCACCCCGAACAGUCUCUGACCCCGCGUCCGGAGUCGAAGCCCAACCCACCGCCAGGGGCAAGGGGAAGCACGACAGAUCCAGUCAUCCAGAUGUUGGCCGCGCGGGCAGCAUCUGAUCCUCAAUUGAAGGAAUUGAUGAAGAUUGUGGCAACCUCGAGGGCGUCAAAUGAGCAGUUAAAAGAGUUCCAAGCACAUAUCGACGAAUUUAAUGAAGUGAUCAGGCGACAGGAAGUCGAGCGCCUUGCGAAAAGCGAACCGCGGCCACCAAGCCAGCAGCCACUUGCAAAGCCACCAGUUGCGGAAACGUCGACAAAGUCGCCUCUCGAGUCUAAACCCGCCGUCCCGAGUCCCAUUCCGCCAGGACCACCAUCGAAUCCACCGAUUCCUUCUCAUGUGGCAGUCUCCGGACGAUCGUCGACGUUAACUCCUCCACAACCGCCGCCACGUCAGCAUCCGAACCCUGCUCCUCCUGGUCUUCCCCCAGCAGGUCCACCACCGGGACCAGGGGCAUUACCUGGAGUGAUGCACACGUUUCCACAUGCGCCUCCACCACCUGGACGUGGAGGCCCAAUGGGAAAUUACUUUGGGUAUCAUUCUCUGCCGCAGCCUCCACCAGCUCGACCAGAUGCCUUCAUCAAGCACAUUGUAAUGGAGAUUACAAGCGUACCAUCUGGAACUCAGUCUGCCUGUCCAGACAGAUGGCUCUUUCCAGAAUAUGCGGUCUUGGAAAUCCGUCCGGGAGGAUUGGAGAUGAUUUGUUCGUUCCUUGUGGAACGCAAAGGUGCGCAGAUCAUGGCUGGCGGUGAACCCGCUGCUGAAAAAGUCGAAGUCGAGGGCAAAUGGCAAGCGGAGCAAGAGUACUAUCAGCCAGUGACCAUGAGCAUCAAGGCCUUGAAUCACCGCACGAUAGAGACCAUCGCCAAAGCAGCAAAGAUACUGCCGGUCGUGCAGGAACACAUGAAGGAAGUGAUGAGCGAAAAGCGACGGGCACCGGUGGAAUAUCUGGUACACCACCUACCACGCGAACCUAGCCAUGUGGGCGCUGAAGGCGCCGAGACUGGGUUCGUGGACAGCGGCGUGGAUCUUGGCAGUGAUUCAGCAUCUGAAGACGACGAAUUGAUGGAUGUAUACGGAAUCUGA